AUGGGGGCUCUGUGGCCUUGGCUGCUGGUUUUGCUUCCUUUGCCAGGUGUGAUCCUAGGAGCACCGUCAGCCCCGAUAUGUCCAGGAGCCUGCAGUACCAGUGUCGCAGAAGGUCUGACUCCUGAGCAGAGCCAGGUGUCCGGGGAUAAGGACAUCCCUGCAAUUAAUCAAGGGCUCAUCUCAGAGACCCCAGAGAGCAGCUUCCUUGUGGAAGGGGACAUCAUCCGGCCGAGCCCCUUCCGACUGUUGUCAGUGACCAGCAAUAAGUGGCCUAAGAACAUUGGUGGUAUCGUAGAGGUCCCCUUCCUGCUCUCCAGCAAGUAUGAUGAGCCAAGCCGCCAGGCCAUCCUGGAGGCUUUUGCUGAGUUUGAACGUUCCACGUGCAUCCGUUUUGUUGCCUACCAGGGCCAAAGAGACUUCAUUUCCAUUCUUCCCAUGUCGGGGUGCUUUUCUGGUGUGGGACGUAGUGGAGGGAUGCAGGUGGUGUCCUUGGCACCCACCUGUUUCCAGAAGGGCCGGGGCAUUGUUCUGCAUGAACUCAUGCAUGUGCUGGGCUUCUGGCAUGAGCAUGCACGGGCUGACCGGGACCGCUACAUCCGUGUCAACUGGAACGAGAUCCUCCCGGGCUUUGAGAUCAACUUCAUCAAGUCUCGGAGUAGCAAUAUGCUGGCCCCCUAUGACUACUCCUCAGUGAUGCACUAUGGGAGGUUUGCGUUCAGCUGGCGUGGACAGCCUACCAUCACACCACUCUGGGCCACCAGCGUCCACAUUGGUCAGCGAUGGAAUCUGAGCAACUCGGAUGUCACUCGGGUUCGCAGGCUGUAUGGCUGUACUCCAAGUAGCCCUGACUCCUACGGGACAGGAUUCCAGACCCAAAGUGAUAGUAGGAGCCCCACUCCUGACUCCAGACCAUACCUGCAAAGCCUUCUGGAAGCAUUGUCAGUGGAAUCUGGGAGCCUGGGCCACAGCAGCUCCAGGGCUGGAGGCCAGCAUGUUGCUUCAGGGCCUGUAGACAACCAGCUAGGGUGGGAUCAUCCUGCCUCAAAGGAGUUCACUGUGGAGGCUUUGGCAAGACCACCUCAGACUUCUGCUUCUUCCCCAAGGUCAAGGCCUGGACCAGGUGCAUUUCCAGAAGCAGAGGACCUGUCAGAGCCCAUUCCCAUUGCCUUUGGAAGCCCAGACCUGCCUCAAGAGGGCUGUGCACCCAGAAGUGAUUUUAGGGAGGUGCCAAAAGAUAAAACCUGUGAUUCCUGUCCCUAAGUGGGGAGGGCAUGUUCUGCGCAGAGGAGCUAAGUCCUCUAGCGCUUACUCCCCUGGGUGGCACCCCUACCUGGCCUGUCUCUCUCCUUCUAAGACCUAGGUGGCUCCCCAUGGUCUUUUCCCCAUCCCAUUUCCCCAGGGACUGAAGGAUCCAUGAGUCUGUCAUAGAGCCAGAUGGACCUGACUCUGAUUGCUUUUGACUUUAGCCCCA